AAUAAAAAAGAUAUUAGGAAUUUUAAUUGGCGGAUGUCACGUAAACUUUUUCAUACUUGAUUAGGUUCAGUUGACUGUUGAGACCUUCGAAAUAUCGUUAUCUUUCGAAAAAAACAUUCCUUCGACUUGGAUUUAGUCAUAGUUGUAAAUAUGUACUUACACCUUGCCUACUUUUAUGGAUUAAGUUGAUAUUCAUCGCAAAAAUGAAUAUUUCAUUGAAAAACCUUAGUAUGUUUAUCAUAGUAGUUAUAUAUAUUGUCCUUAACGGCAUUCAUGGCCAGUCAUAUCAGCCGGUGAAUUUUAAACCAUCAUCUACAGGAAGACGUUUGCUUUAUUCAGAUUGGGAAAGCGCGCCGUCAUUUUAUUCACCUGGUGGUAUAACACCAGAUAAUGAACCUCGUGCUCCUAUUUACAUGGAAUUAACAAACAAUCUUACAUCUGUUAACGGAGCUUCAGGUAUAUGUGGUGUUUGUGCACGUAUAUAUCGCGUUUUGCAUAUGACUCAACUGAAUGCUGCUGAAGAAUGCCGACGUCAUCAUAAUUCGAGACAAGCAGCUUUUGGUGAUAUUACGGAAUUUUAUCACACGUUAGUGAAAAGCAGACGGUUAAAUGGAACAAUUGAAUUCCCUUUAGCAGAUAAAUUUUCAAGAUUCACUUUUAGAACUACAAUUUUGUAUUUAGCCUCUAGAGAAAAUGAACCUGGUUUAAUGAUUGAAGCUGGAUUUGAAACAAAAUAUGUACUGUGCGUUCAAUCAAUUAAAUGUCCAGCACCAAUCAUGACAACUACCACAGAACCUAUUACAACAACCACACCAUUGACGACAAUAACAACAAUAUCAACAAUUUUAAACAAUUCAGAUAAUCUAUCUAUCUUAUCAUCAUCUAAUUCACAGAGUCGUGCUGCUAACAAUUUAUUUGGCAAUAGAAAUGAUGGACGUAGUGGUUCUGCAUUUUGGGAUGCACUUUUAUCUGGAACUGAACCGAAAGAUUGGUUUCUUGCAACCGUUUCUUUGGCUUGUCUAUGUCUGGUACUCAUAAUCGUACUUAUUAUAACAUGGUUGUAUAUAUGUCGCAUCCGUAGGCUGUAUAGUCGAAGGCGUUGCCAAGGCACAUGUCGUUUUGGAUGUCGUUGUCCACCGGAGGUCGUUCGUCAAAUGGCCGCAGAGGCAGCAGUAUGUGGCCCUUUAGGGCUACAGACGCACCAGCCAUUUAUAAAUACAAUGUCACCACAUGGAAAUGGUUCUGUCAAAAGUGGAAGUGGGUAUGGGAAUACAUUAUAUACAGGUGGGACAUUGAAUUCAGGUGGAUGGGGUUCAAAUGGCAACAAGAUUGGUUCCCCACUUUAUGUGGCUUUAAGUUCUGGGGUUGAUAAAGCGACCUUAUUAAGUGCUGGAUGUAAUACACCUAACUGCAUGCUUGAGAUGUCUGGAGGUUUACAACUAACUAACACAGUGGAUGGAAGUAGUGGAACUUGGAAUCAAACAAAUGGAAAAUUUCGAAAUCCUCGUCUUCGACCAAAACGUUCAACACAGGACGCUUUAAGACGAAGUACAAGUGAAGGUUCUAGUGUUUCAGGUGUUACUGGUACCGUAGGUGCUAAUAAUAAUACUACAGGAAUAGAACAAGGUAAUUUUGUUUAUCGUCCUGGACCGGUGGUUAGUUUUUCCGAUGCAACAAUUUCAAAUAUUAUACCUGCUAUGGUUGUAAGUAAUACUAAUGCAGGUCAACAUGGAACUGAAUCAACAACAACUGUCUAUCUUCAAACUUGUCCAAAUGGAUAUAAUUAUUCAGAUAGUGGUAGAGGCAGUGGUAUCAGUCCAGGCUAUUCACAUUCACCGACACAUGUGAAUAAUCGAAAAGCUAACGAUGGAACAUAUUUCAAUAACAGUAACAAUAAUAAUGUUACUAACGCUAAUAAUAAUAAUAAUCAAAACAAUAUUCAAAAUGGUUUCGUUAAUUCCAAUAGUCCAGUAAAUAUGGAUGAUGUUGAAAGCAGAUGUGAUAUGAAUUAUUUAGGCAAUCAAGCAAAUAAAAUUUUAUCCAGUUUACAAUCGGAUCAUUGUACGAAUUUCAAUGGUUUUAGUUCAGGUUCUCACAACAUAGCAAUGCAUCAUUUAAAUCGUGAUUCUGAAGGGGAUUUUGUAAAUAUCACACCACCAUCAGGAUUUUAUGAUUUUAAUAACAAUACCAAUAAUAACAAUAAUAGUAACGAUGUAAUUGUAAAUUCUGAUUCUGGUUAUUUGGGAAAUUCAUGUCGUCAGCAAUCACAGACUUUUCAUCAAAAUCGUUUGAUAACUAGUCCAAAUAGUUUUGGACGACAAUUAUUCAAUCAACCAUCUCCAUCAAUUGUAGUACCACCGUCACAGUCAUUUAUUAAUUCUUCUUGUAUCAAUGACAGUAUUACAACUACAUCUUCUUUAUAUCCAUCCAGUCAGGCAGAAUGGCAUAAUACUACUUUAUCACUUAACAAGUUUAAUUUACAAAAUGGUGAAAUGAUUGGUAGUCUGGAUGAUGAAUAUGUCAAUGGUUAUUCAACAGAAGUUAGUAAUACAGGAACUGCAUCUAGAAUGCGCAAAUAUAUUACACCUAAUUAUAAUAAUAGUAAUGGUGGCAGUGGAACAAGACCAUUAGUUUCACGUCCCCAGUUCUCAGAUUCUUUACAUUCUGGAGUUAACUAUCAUCAAAAUUCAUAUGCAAAUGAAAGUAAUUCUAUGACAAUCAAUAAUAGAUCUUUGCAUAAUUCAAAUGAUGCUACAACUCCUAAUGGAAUAUUAUCACCACCGAAGAUUGAUCAUAUAUUUACUACACUUACAUCAGAACGUAUGUUGUAAAUGGAACACUUUUAGAUGUGUGUUUUUUUUAAAAAGAAACCCAAUUGAUUAUUAGGACUUCAGCUGUUUUCCAGUGAUAAUCUUUUAUUUAAAAGUGUAUUUUGUUUGUUUUGCAAAACAAAUGUGCUUUUCAUUACAUCCGAAAUAAAAGGCAGUCAUUUUUUUGUACACAAUAUUGAUUAUCAUUUUCAUACUUAAAUAUUGAACACUUUUAAAUUGUUGCAAAAAAUAAACAAACAAACAAAGGAAUCCUAUUCAGUAGUAGGUUUAAACCCUAUAAGAAAAAAUUCUGUUCUUUCGUUCUUCUUCAACCACUUGAUAAUGUUUAUCAUGAUUCGGUUUUUUUUUCUUAAAAAAAUUGUAUUAGUGAUGAUUUUGAUGGAUAAGCAGGAUAUUUGGAUAAAUUUUUAGGGUUUUUUUUUCGGUUCUUUGAAUCUAUGCGAUAUUCUCUUUCUAUAUGCAUAUAUAAUACUAACGCUAGAUAUUAUUAAUACUAAAUGAACUUCAUACGAUUGUACAGUUCGUGUUUAUAAAAUAUUUAUUGAGUUAAAUGGUGUUCUUACAAUUUGUUUCCUCUUUAUAUAUCUCUUUAUAAUUAUGUACAUGAGUAAAUGAUUUAUAUUGAUAUAUAUACAUGUAUUAUCCUAUACAGGAAUAUUUCAUUUCUAAACGUUUAUUUAGAUUAACAAUAUAUUAAAUAUAUGUACUUUGAAUACAUUUAGAGUAUUCAUUUAAUGAACACUUUUGCAUUUAUGAAUGUUUAGUGUUUUCUUUUUUGCUAUACUUCUUUUUGUUGAAGGUGAAAGAUAAAUCAAUUUCCGAACUAUUAUUUCAUCAUUUUAUUCACACAUUGUUCUAUUCAAUUACUUAUUGAAUAUACGUAAAAUUGAGAAGAAAACUAACCUGUACAUUGAUGAAUAUAGUCAAUGUCAUAAAUAACUAGAAAAUUCAAUUUAAGAUCACUUUUCAUUAUUUAAAAAGGAGGACACAAAAAACAAGGAAAUAUUAGAAAAUCACUUUCUUCUUCUUUUAAAAUUAUCCUUGUUUGAUUGUUCAGUUUUUGUUAUGAUCAUUUUGUUUACUUGUUUCAUUGAUUUGGUUAUUUAAAGUAUCUUUUAUGAAACAAGUUAGCGAGCUUUUUUUGUGUGUGGUUAGAAUAAACUAUUUUGCGUUUGUUAGGUUUACUUAUGAAGAAUAGUGAAAGUUUGUUCACAUACGAGUGUUUGUGUAUGUGCAGACUUAUGUGUUUAUACAUUUAGCACUGGCUACAUUUUCAAUUUUUCAAAUAUCUAUCCAUCUAUAUAUACAUAUAUAUAUAUCCAAAAUAAUAACAACAUUUGAGUACGUAUAUGAAUGACUUAAUUUAGAUAAACAAUAAUUGGCUUUAAUUUUUUUGUUUUAUUCACUUUUCUUGGCCGUUAUUUAUUAAUGGUAUUGAUCAGGAUUUCCUUCUUACAAGAAAAUAAUUAAUGAAAAAUUGAACUGAUG